AUGAAAGUAGCCUACAUAGUUGUGCUUGCCCUCACCGUUGUUCAAUAUAUCAAUGGGCAAUUUGAACCUAAAGGAAAUUCCCCUGCCUACGGCGCUGAACUCUAUCAAUUUGAGUUUAAGUGGCUCAGUGAACACGCAAUCGAAGGCAAACAUUCCGAUUUCCAAAUUACGAUGAUCUACUCGACUGACUCGUCGGACCCUUUAACAGAAAUCAUAGUCGUCGUCUUGGCCGAUUUACAUGUGGAAAUAAUUUGGGGUAACAUUUUAAAGAUUGGUGAAGCAAACUCGGAGAUUGAGAAGUUCAUCGAGUUUUUGCCCUAUAUGAAACCCAUACACGCGGAUACUGUCUACGUGUUUGACUUGCAAUACACUCCGAGCAAAUUGUUUCCGGCGAAUCGAGAAUUUUUCCAAUACGUUGGUAGUGGGACCAUUCCACAAUGCAGGGAACCAACCGACACUAGAGUCUACAAGCAUCCAAUAACCAUUUCCCAGGAACAGCUCAACAAAUUCAAAAACUUGAUGGAAAAGUCUUCUAGAGAACUCCAACCACGUAAUGGCAGAGAAAUCUACCACGUGCAACCUUAA